AUGAUCCAACCACGCAUGCUCUCGCGGGCUGACGAAGCUACCGCUGGUAGUGAGGACAACGAAGUUCGUCGCGAGGAUCAGGAGAAGAUUAACCGGUUUAGUCGGUUGCAUCAGCGGGAGACCGUGCUGGAGGAGCAGUUGAAGGCGAAGCAGAAAGAUAAGGAAGAUCUCGAAGAGGUCUCUACAGAACUCGAACUCGCGGAUGAAGACGAGCUUGUCCCCUACAAAAUCGGAGACUCCUUCUUCCAACUCCCCCUCACAGACGCCCAGUCCAUGCUCGAGGCCUCGACAGCCCAAAUUGACGCUGACGUGUCCAAGCUGGAAGACUCGCUUGGUGAGCUGCGCGACGAGCUACAGCAGCUUAAGGUUGCGCUGUAUGCGCGGUUCGGAAGGAGCAUUAACCUGGAGACUUGA